AUGAGCAAAAUUUUGUUUGCCGACUUCUGUACCGUAUUGGAGAAAAUAAGCAUGACGUCCAAGCGCCUGGAGAUCCAGUCCAUUUUCACGGAUUAUCUGAGAAACAUACGUGAAACUCACCCACCUUCCAUGGCUCCAGCCCUGUAUUUGUCCAUUGCAACGGUAUACCCGGAAUACUUCAACAAGGAGUUGGGCGUCGGAGAGAAUGCACUGGUGGGGAUUGUUGCAGAGGUCACAGGAAAGUCCAGUAAAGGUGUCAGAAAUGAGUAUUCAAAAGAAGGGGAUCUGGGAACCAUAGCCAUGAGGUGCAGAGUGUCGCAGCUGCUUAUACCAAAGACGCAGUUGGAAGUGAUGGAUGUGUUUCUUGGAAUGAGAAGGGUAGCAAACGAGGAAGGACCUCGAUCCUCCUCCUCAAAGAAGAGGAUCAUUCUUGGGAUGAUGGUCAAAUGCUCGCCUCUGGAGUCGAAGUACCUGAUAAGGCUGAUCGAGGGAAGGCUUAAGAUAGGGCUUGCGCUUAAAACAGUGCUGAUCAGCCUUGCAAACGUCUUUUCUGACGACAAGAUUGAUGAGAUCAAGGCUGCCUUCAACAGACAGCCGGAUAUAGGAAGAUUAGCAGACUGUCUACUUGAGCAUGGGGUGGAAGGGCUUUCAACCAAGUUCCAGGUUACGCCAGGAAUCCCUCUGAAGCCGAUGUUGUCGAAUCCUUCCAAGGACCUAACGUCAGCCUUCAAAAGGGUUGAGAAUAAGAGCUUUACUUGCGAGUACAAAUACGAUGGAGAAAGGGUCCAGAUCCACAGGUUUGAUAGCAGCGUGGAGACGUUUAGUAGAAACUCCGAGAAGACGACGGAGAAGUAUCCUGACCUAAUGGGUCUCUACGACGUAUCGGACAGAGACUUCAUUGUCGAUGGCGAGAUUGUGGCAUAUAACCAAAAAGAGAGGAGGAUCCUUCCGUUCCAAGUGCUGACUACAAGAAAAAGGAAGAGGGUCGAAAGCAACAAGAUAGAGGUCCAUGUAUGCGUGUUUGUGUUUGAUCUAAUAUAUUUUGAUGGAAGGUCCUGGAUUGACGAACCCUUGGAGGAAAGGCGAAGAGUACUCCACAGCUCGUUCAAAGAAAUCGAUGGGAAGUUUCAUUUUGCAGAGUUUAAGGAUUGCGAGACACCAGAGGAGGCAGAAACAUUCUUCAAUAAGUCUGUAGAGAAUAACUUUGAGGGUAUGAUGAUAAAGACUCUGGGGUCUGAUGCAACAUACCUGCCGUCGCAGAGAAGCAAUAAAUGGAUAAAGAUCAAAAAGGAUUAUCUGGAGAGCAUGUCCGACUCCUUGGACCUGGUUGUGAUGGGGGCAUACUAUGGAAAGGGAAGGAGGGCCGGAUUCUACGGGGGAUUUCUGCUUGGUGUGUAUAAUGACGAGGAGGAGAAGUUUGAGGCCCUGUGUAAGAUAGGAACUGGAUUUGACGACAGUAUCCUCUCAAAACUUCAUGAACAGCUGAGCAGUAGCCUGUGUAGUGCUCCCAAGAACUACUCAUACAAAGAGUCUGUUAAGCCAGACGUUUGGGUCGAGGCUAAAUAUGUGUGGGAGGUCAGGGCAGCAGGGAUAUCCCUAUCGCCGAUAUACAGUGCUGCAUGGAGUAAAGGCGAGAAGGGAAUAUCGCUAAGGUUCCCCAGAUUCAUAAGAGAGAGGGACGAUAAAGACGUUAGGGAAGCGACCACGUCCUCGCAAGCAUAUCAAAUGUAUCUGGACUCAAAGGUCGAGCACUCGGAAGAGUUCUACUGA